CUGGUCAUGUGAUGUACAUCUGACCCCCUGAGCAGCUGCAGAGGCUGCUGGGAAAUGCUAUCAGUCUCCACAAUGACAUACUGUAUAUAAUUUAUGUGCUGUAGCAUGAGGAACAAUGUCAGAAAGGAUAACUCACAUAGUGGGGUAUUACACACAAAUACUUAAUGACAUAAAUCACAGCCCAGUCAGCGGGCAGCUGCGACAUUCAGUCAUUUGCCAGAGCACGCCCCGCCGGGAACUGCCGGUCAAGCCACGUCGCCGCCUCCCGCGGGGUCAAAAAGAAUUUAGUCUCUCCUCCUGCGACUACCCGCAACUUUGAGGGAAAGAGCAUAGCAUAAGGGAGAUUGAGCUCCCGGAGACGUCUCUUAAUUGGAAGGAACUGGGCUCUCUCCUUCUGGACGUCGACCGCAAAAUCAGGAAACACAGAGAUCCGGGUACCAUUCCAUUUAAGUGGGCCUUUGGUGCGUGCCAGGUGCCCCAGCCCGUGGAGCAGGAGAGCAGUGACAGGCAGAGAGCGUCAGGCAAGGAGGACACGCUCAACCCAGCGGACUGCAGCAGAGCGAGGAGGUGCACUCCGUGCGUGUCUCCCAGCCGCCGACCGGAAGUAGCAGGGCCAGCCGCGGCCGGAGCAGGGGAGACCGCACUUACGGCAGCGGGUUCAGGCGGCAGCAGGAAGUAGGAAAGCAGGGAGCGCUCACCGCCGCAGAUCACUCUCCGGGAGCCCGACAGGCAGUGCAGACCCAACGCGCCGAUCCCCGCCACCACGGACACCGCGUCCCACGUGGCGCGACAGCAGCCAGACCGGAGCCGUCCCGCCGACCAGGCAGCACAACGGAGCGAGCCAGAAUCACUCCUAUGGGUGCACCAGACGUUAAGGUACCGCGGGGUGUGUGCUCUGCAGUGUGUAUUCCGGGUACCAGACGGGCACUGAAGAAAGGCUCUCACGCCUGCUGCUUUGACUGUGUCCCGUGCUCAGAGGGGGAGAUCUCCAAUGUGUCUGACAGUGAAAACUGCCAGAAGUGCUCUGAUGAUGAUUGGCCUAAUGAGGAAAAAGAUGUUUGUGUUCCCAGAAUAUUAGACUUUCUAUCAUACAAGACAGACAUGAUAGCGAUAGCAUUUUCUGCACUAUCUGUCCUAUAUUUUAUCUUAACCAUCUUUAUAAAUGGAAUAUUUGUUUCAUUCCGGGACACUCCAAUAGUAAAAGCCAAUAAUAGAAACCUAAGCUUCAUUCUUCUCAUCUCCCUCGAACUGAGCCUACUCUGUGUGCAUCUGUUCAUCGGCCGUCCAGUGGACAUCACCUGCUUGCUACGCCAAAUAUCUUUUGGAAUACUAUUCACCAUUGCCGUGUCUUCUGUCCUGGCCAAGACUGUAAUGGUUUGCAUUGCUUUCAAAGCCACUAAACCUGGAUGCUCCUGGAGAAAAUGUCUUGGUGUUGAAUUGUCGUAUUCUGUAGUGUUCAUCUGCUCAUCUGUCCAAGUUCUCAACAGUGCUACUUGGUUGUCAGUUUCUCCUCCCUUUCAAGAAUAUGAUAGGAAUACUUAUCCUAGGUUGAUUAUCAUCCAAUGUAAUGAGGGUUCUGCCCUUGCCUUUUAUUUCAUGUUGGGUUACAUGGGGUUUCUGGCAGCUAUGAGCUUUAUUCUGGCUUUCAUGGUGAGAACAUUACCUGACAUCUUUAAUGAAGCCAAAUACAUCACCUUCAGCUUGCUGGUUUUCUGCAGUGUUUGGGUCUGUGCUAUACCAGCCUACCUGAGCAGUAAGGGGAAACACAUGGUCACUGUAGAGAUAUUUGCCAUUCUGGCUUCAGGCAUUGGAGUAAUGAGCUGUAUAUUUUUCCCUAAAUGCUACAAUAUUCUACUGAGACCUGAAAUUAACAGUAAAAGACACCUCCUAGGGAAAGGAUAAUUGUAGAGCUAAUUAAUGUUUUUGUCUUUUUAAAUUAUAAAUGAUAUUCUUCUCUUGUAGUGAACAUUUAUAUCUAUUUGCAGCAGGUUACAAUAAGAAAAUACACUUUGAGGACAAAAGUGAUUGGACACCCCCGACUAAGGCGAAUGGUGUGCUCCUGCUGCAGACACAUGUUUGUGAAGGUAUAACAUGGAGAAAACCAGUAUAGAGAUGUUCUCGAUAACUCUGUGCUCCCUACAUUGUGCCAGUUCUACUGAAAUGACAAAUGUUUUAUAGGGCGACAAUGCCACCUGUCAUGUUUCCAGGGCGAUGCUGGGCUGGUAUACAGAAAAUGUGGCCACCUGAAUGGAGUCCAGAUCGUAACCCUACUGGGAACCUCUGGGAUAAAUUGGAAUGACGUGUGUUUUCUAGGUCGACUUGACCUUCAUUGUCACCACUGGUCACUGUCCUUAAGGCGGAAUGGCAAAACAUACCGCCUGCUGUUGUCCAGGAGCUUGUGGUCAAUUUGCCAAGCAGGGUGUCUGCAGUAAUCACUGCACGUAGUGGACCUAAAAAGUACUGAUGCCAAUAAAAUCUCGCUGAUCUAUCUGCCGUCAGUGUCCAAUCACUUGUGUCUACAAUGUAUAUAUUAUUACAUAGCUUUUUGUAUUUGCAUGUUAUUAAUAUAAUAAGA